AUGAAACCUGUUCAUGAAAGGAGUCAGGAAUGCCUUCCACCAAAGAAACGAGACCUCCCCGUGACCAGCGAGGAUAUGGGGAGAACUACCAGCUGCUCAACUAACCACACACCCUCCAGUGAUGCCUCGGAGUGGUCCCGAGGGGUUGUGGUGGCAGGGCAGAGCCAGGCAGGAGCCAGAGUCAGCCUGGGGGGUGAUGGAGCUGAGGCCAUCACUGGUCUGACGGUGGACCAGUAUGGCAUGCUGUAUAAGGUGGCUGUGCCACCUGCCACCUUCUCCCCAACUGGCCUCCCAUCUGUGGUGAACAUGAGCCCUUUGCCCCCCACAUUUAAUGUAGCGUCUUCACUGAUUCAACAUCCAGGAAUCCACUAUCCCCCAAUCCACUAUGCUCAGCUCCCAUCCACCUCCCUGCAGUUUAUUGGGUCUCCUUAUAGCCUUCCCUAUGCUGUGCCACCUAACUUCCUACCGAGUCCCCUUCUCUCCCCGUCUGCCAACCUUGCCACUUCCCACCUUCCACACUUUGUGCCAUAUGCCUCGCUCCUGGCAGAAGGAACCACUCCUCCCCCCCAGGCUUCAUCCCCGGCUCAUUCAUUCAACAAAACCCCCUCUGCCACCUCCCCACCCGGGCAGCUGCCACAUCACUCCAGUACUCAGCCACUGGACCUCGCUCCAGGCCGGAUGCCCAUUUAUUAUCAGAUGUCCAGGCUACCUGCUGGGUACGCCUUGCAUGAAACCCUUCCAACUGGUGCCAGCCCAGCUCUUACCGCUCAGGAGGGUCAGUCUGCUCUGGAAGCAGCCCCUGCCAAUGGACAGAGACAGCGAGAGAGAAGCUUAGUCAGACGGGAAAGCGAAGCCCUCGACUCCCCCAACAACAAGGGCGACGGCCAGGGCCCGGUGCCGGCGGUAGAAUGCGUGGUGGAUGGACAGUUGUUUUCAGGUUCUCAGACUGCACGGGUAGAGGUGGCGGUGCCAGCUCACCGAGGGACCCCAGACACCGACCUCGAGGUCCAGCGGGUGGUUGGCGCUCUAGCUUCUCAGGACUAUCGUGUGGUGGCAGCUCAGAGGAAGGAUGAGCCUAGCCCCCUCAACCUGUCCCAUCACACCCCUGACCACCAGAGCGAGGGGCGCGGGGCAGCCAGGAACCCAGCAGAGAUGGCCGAGAAAAACCAGGCCCGGGCGUUCUGCCCUCGGUCCAACCAGGAACCGGUGAAACAUAGACCUUUACCCAAAGCAAUGGUUGUAGCCAAUGGCAACCUGGUGCCCACUGGAACCGACGCAGGCCUGCUGCCCAUGGGCUCGGAGAUCCUGGUGGCAUCAAGUUUGGACACGCAGGCCAGAGCCAUCUUCCCAGACAAGGAGCCAACGCCACCCCCCAUUACCUCCUCCCAUUUGCCCUCCCAUUUCAUGAAAGGCGCCAUCAUCCAGCUGGCUACCGGGGAGCUGAAGCGGGUGGAGGACCUCCAGACCCAGGACUUUGUGCGCAGUGCCGAAGUGAGCGGGGGGCUGAAGAUCGACUCGAGCACGGUCGUGGACAUUCAGGAGAGCCAGUGGCCCGGAUUUGUCAUGCUGCAUUUCGUGGUCGGCGAGCAGCAGAGCAAAGUGAGCAUCGAAGUGCCCCCCGAGCACCCUUUCUUUGUCUACGGUCAGGGUUGGUCCUCUUGCAGCCCUGGGCGGACUGCACAGCUCUUCUCUCUGCCCUGCCAUCGGCUACAGGUGGGAGAUGUCUGCAUCUCUAUCAGUUUACAGAGCUUGAACAGUAAUUCAGUUUCUCAGGCCAGCUGUGCUCCCCCAGGCCAGCUGGGUACCCCCCGAGAAAGGCCUGAGAGGACAGUCUUGGGACCCAGAGAGCAAUGUGACAGUGAGGGGAAGAGCCAGCCAUCGGGCGAGGGCUCCCGAGUGGUAGAGCCCUCGCAGCCAGAGCCUGGUGCUCAGGCCUGCUGGCCAGCGCCAAGCUUCCAAAGAUACAGCAUGCAAGGGGAGGAGGCACGGGCUGCGCUGCUCCGCCCCUCUUUCAUUCCGCAGGAGGUGAAGUUGUCCAUCGAAGGGCGUUCCAAUGCAGGAAAAUGA